AUGCUCAAUACAAAAAAUGAUAAUAAUCGCGAUACCAAGUACAACGAUACUUCUAAAUUAUUUGAUGAUCAAACUGGAAAUCCAAUUUCAAAUAAACGUCUUCUUACCGAACAUAAUAAAGUGUCAUCAUCGUCACCAAACAAACAAAUAAAAAAAGGAAAAGAAAUAGAGGGAGCAACUUUUGCCAACGAAAAUAAUACCCCUCCUCCUGUUCCUCCAAAAACAAAUAUAGGUUCUUCCUCAAACCAAGAUGUUUAUGAUCCAUUUGCAGAUGCUCCUCCUUCAAUUACUGCUCAACAAAUUAUUGAUUCCUUACUCCCAAAAACAACUAGAGAGAAUAAUGACAUUUAUAAUACUGCUGCUGCUGCAACUGAUAAUUUAUCACCAUCAUCAUCAAAUAAGAAAACCGAAUACAAUUUUCAAUUUUCUGAUCCGCCAAUAAAUGAUUAUAAACACUUGUUCCCAGGCUCUCCUUCAGCUGACGAUUUCACAAAGAGAAAUAAUGAAACGAAUAGAUAUCCUCUUGGCCACACGACAAGAACCUCUAAUGAAUUUAAACACUUGUUUCCAGAUGAUUCUUCAACUGAUGAAACGAAUAAAUAUCCAUCUUCAGAGUCUCCAUACAGCUCUCUUGGUCACACAACAAAACCAUCUAGUGACUUGUUUUCAGAUUUUCCUUCAGCUGACGAUUCCACAAAGAGAAAUAAUGAAACGGAUAAACAUCCUCUUGGUCACACGACAAGAACCUCUAAUGAAUUGAAACGCUUGUUUCCAGAUGAUUCUUCAACUGAUGAUCCUACAAAGAAAAAGGUCGAAACAAAUAGAGAUUCAUUUUCAAAACCUCAAAACAAAAAUUCUUCAAAAAACAAAUCAUCAAAUCGUCAUUCAACACAAUUGCCGUCAUCAUCAACAUUUGCUGGUGACAACAACCAAUUCAGUUUCUCGGAUAUUGAUGGAUUAGCCGAUAAUAAUAGUGCUGAGAACUCUAAUGACGAAGAAGACAACAAUUCUGAAGCUUCUGGCAAGUUGUCAGAUAAUCCUGAUCGGAAUAGCACAAGUUGGAUUAGUAUGCCUAGUAUGCCUAGUAUUCCUGGCUUUCUUUCAAAAAAAGAAAGCGUAGCUCCAAAAUUCUUUGUAACAAAGUUUCAUGUACAUCUACCACCAACUAUUCCUUAUCAUGGAACACCUGUUAUUCUUGGUAAUGUGCCUGAACUUGGCUCUUGGGAAGAUCCAACCAUCAAGCUUCAUAAAGAAUCUGCAACAUAUUGGGUAUCAAAAGAAGUUAAAUUUCCCAUUAGUUACGUUGAAAAAAAUGUUCAAAUCAGAUACAAAUAUGCAAUAGUUGGCAAGUCAUCAUUUUUAUCAAGAGGAAGUGCAAUUGAGUUUGAGGGGUUUGAUGAAAGAGAUAAUCGAAUUCUAGAAAAUUUUACUGAAAACCAAUUUGAUGUCUGGCAUAAUAGCAAUUCAUAUAAAUUUUAUGAGAGAUUUAGAGAUUUUAGUUUCAUUAAAGUUAUACAUAAAUCCAUAACACCAGAAAAUUUUAAAAAUCAAGUAAUGGAAUAUCAAAAACUACUAAAAAAAUUUCGUGAAUUGACUGUUACUUUUACUACAAUUGAAUUUAUUAAGGAGUGUAUGCCAAUUAGUAAAGAAAGAGAAAAGAAACUUUUCUUGUGUGUAUUGCUUGGUUAUUUUAUUAAUGAGCGAAAAAACACUUCAAAGUUCAAUUUUUAUGAGUUGCCUAAUGACUUUGACUCAGGCACAUUAAUUAAUUCUUUGACAACUGUAUAUGAAAAUACUUUUCCAUCAAACACUAAUGAUAUUAUAAAACAAGCAGUUAAUCUUUUAAUCAGACAUAAUUUUAUCAAUGGUUCAUUUGAAUGGUUGAAAAUAUUUUCUGUUGCUGAUGUUAUUGAUCCAAAACAUGGCUUUCUUGAAGUUCUUCUUGAUGGAAAAUAUAAAUCAAGAGGUAUGGAGUUGUUUAUUAAAAAUGUUGAGGAACAUGUCAAACCAUAUAUUGAUAAUAUUGAGGAUGUAGAUAUUUAUGUGAAAAUAGCAGAGCGCUUCUUACAAUUAUGUAAUAGUAUGCCAGCUUUAUUAACAAUGUGGGAUGAUAUAAUUAUUUACAGAACAGACAGACUUCGACAAAUAUUCUUUGACAAUAUCAAAAAUAAUCUUUCUCAAGAUAACCCAUAUCAAUUGUAUCAACAAAUCAUAGCUCUUCCUGAAGAAAUGCAAAAUAAACAUUUUGGAAUAUUUUCUCAAAAAUGUUUAAGCAUGUUGAAAAAUUCAAGAAAACAAUGGGGAAGUGAGCAGAUUAAAUCUAUAAUGUUUUUUUUGCAACGAUUUAAAUGGGACAAAGAAGAAUUUCUUGAUGCACUUGAUAAUAUUUCUAAAUCAACAGAUUUGUCUUUAUUACAAGCUUUUCCUGAACCAUUGGAACACUGUUUUAAAACUUUUAACAACAUCAAACAAUCAAAAAUUUUGCAAAUUUGUAAUCAAUGGUUUGAACAAAUUAUAGAUAUUACUCAUCAAAACAAAGCAAUGUAUUCUAAUGAAGAUAAAUUUAUCACAAUUGUAUUUAGUAUCUUAUAUGAUAUUUAUCCUACAAUUGGUGUUAGGAUCAAUAUUUUUAAUUCUUUGGUAGAUUGUGCAGUCAAAAGAGUAAGUCAAUCAUCAGAAAAUGCUAUUUAUAAAGCAACAUGUUCAAUUGCUAAAUUUCCAGAACAAAUUUAUACAAGAUACUUUCAUGUGGUGAAAGAAACUUUAGAAAAAUCAUCAAUAAGUCCCAACCAACAAUUAAUUCAAAAGAUUCGAGAAAUUUGUGGAUGUAAAAAAGGUGAUAAAAAACUCAACAUCCCAAAUCAAUUAUGUGAACUUAUAAUGAUCUUUAUAAUGAAAAAAUUACAAGGUCAAAAUACUUUAAAUAAUGACUCUGAAUAUUAUGUCAAUUUAUUUCAAUCUAAAGAAUUUUGGGUAAUGAUAUUUAAUGCAACUGGGUCAAUUGAACAUUUACAUUCACAUGAACUAGUUUUACAUUAUAAACAAUCAAUUAAUGAUUUAGCAGAAUUAAUUUCAGAUGGAAAUAUUAAUUUCACAUUAUUGAAAAAAUUAAUUGUCAACAAUGAUGAAAAUUUUAUUCGAAUUUUCAAUUCCGCAACCACUGAUAAAAAAUUUGGUUCAUCAGUUAUUAUGACAAAAACCAUACUAGAUAAUGUUAAAAAAGAAAGCAAAAAUUAUGAACAUAGGUUGGAUUGUCUUAGCACAUUCUAUAUUGGAUUUUGUCAAAGUGAAAAAGUAACUGAUGUACAUGAUUAUAUUAAUAAUUUGGAAGAGAAAAUGAAAUCUUUAACAAAAAUUAAAUUUAAUGAUAUUUUACAACCUGAUCAUUGGGCAUACCAUGAUAAAAUCUCAAAAGUUGCAGAAUCUGUUUAUAGAUAUAGAAACUCCCAAACCUUUAAAAACAUUUUUGAGUUGAUCUUAAAACAAGAUGAAACCACACCUUUAACAGUUGAAAUUUUAGCUACUAAGCUAAUUCCUAAAACAUUUGAGGAAUAUGAAAAAUCAUGUAAAGAAUAUAAAAAUUGGGAAAAAUUAUCAUGCUCAGAUGCUGGUGAUUUUUGGAAAGAUGUUAAAGAUAUAAAAUCAGAACUUGAGCUGAUGGAAAAUUUUCAGCGAUUACCUAAAGAGAGAAAAUUCCAAGAAACAAUUUGGUAUCUUACUCAAAUAUCUAAUUAUAAAGAAGGGUUGAAAAAUUUGGAUCAAGUCAUUAAAAUUUUUCAAGAUUCACAUGAUAAAGAAAACCAAAUUGGAAUUAUUUAUAAUAGUUUGAAUGAAGGGAAAUUGUCAUUAGGUGUUUUAAUAAAUUUCUUUAAUAAAUUCAAUACAGAAUUUAAAAUUAGUAAUGAAUGUUGGAAUUUAAUCAAAGAAUUAUCAGAAGCAGGCACAUUUGUAACAUUUCUCAAAUCAAUUGAAGGACAUGAUAUUAAAAAUUUAAUCAAUAGUGUAGAUGACCACUCAGAUGAACGACUUAUCCAGGAAGACACUGUUUCAUCAUUAAUUGAAGUAAAACAAUUUUUAAUACCACUGUUGGAUGUUGCCAAAAAGAGAUCAGUGAAAGAGUUUGUUGAAGAAAUUGGAAAGGUUAUUAAAAAAAAUCCAAAGCUAACUAAUAAUAUUGUUUUGUGUAAUAAUAAUUGUAUGGCCUUAGAAAAUAUGUAUAAAAAUAUUGAUCAAAAAAGUGAAGUAACCAAGGAGAAAAUCAAAAAUGCUGUGAUGAAAGGAUCUUAUACUUUUAAAAGAGAUGCUAAAGGAGAUAAAUGUAAUGCAUUAAUGACAUACACAUCUGACAAAGUUCAAAAAUCAUCUUACACCUUUAAUGAUCUUCAAGAUUUACGUGGCCGUGCAUUAUUGAUUGCAAAACCAACUGUGGUAAACCUUAAUCUAUCAGUUGAGAAUGCAUUGGAAGAUGAUCAAAAUAUUAAAAAUUCCAUGGAUGUGUUUGUUGAACAAGUUGAUGUGGCUCAGGAUAUAAUAAAUUUUUCAUCAAAACUUGUACAAAUUGGACAUUUUGAAUUCAGGAAAUUUGAUGUGACUGUAAAGGGAACAGAUAAAAUGAAAGAAUUAUUAAAACAAUGUAAAGAAAAAUUAAGUGAAUGGGAGGAUAUCAUGAACAAAGCACAAGAAAAUCAUUACUAUUUAACAUUUUUCCCUGGCCGACACAUCCUUACAUUCUAUGAUUAUUUUUCAAAUGUCAACAAUCCUAAUGUGAUUGAAGAAUGUCAAAUACUUAUUCGAUUUGUAAAUAGAAGAGCUGAAUUACCUUCUGAUAAAAAGAUCAUGGGGAUUUCUUCUAAAAAGAAUAAUUACUAUGAUAUCCUCUGUGAAAUUGGUAAAAAAUUACAACUUAUUUUUGAAAAACUUCCUAAAAAAAUUCGUCAGGUCAAAAAUAUAGAUGAUCGUGUAAUGUCAGAUGUUGUACUUAAUGGCAAAUUAUUUGUGGCAGCUUGUGAUGAGAAAUUACGUGUUCCAAAUAUCAUUAUGUCAUUAUAUGCUAAUAACAGAUCACACCCUGAACCAUGGCAACUUUUAAUAUGCACACCUUUAACAACCUCAGAAGAAUUAACAAUUUUUAUUAAGCGUUGUUUUUUUGCAGCAAAUAAUGGGCAUAAAGAUCAUUUGUUUUGCAUAGCAAAUUUGGAAUUAUUAGAUUUUGAAUUACAAUAUAACUUGGUUAAAUUUAUCAGAUUGAUGUGUAAACGUGAAAAAAAUUAUUUGUUGGCAUUGAUUUGUUGUCGUGAGCCUGGAAUACAUCAUCACAUUUUAGAUCAAUUUUCACAAGAUGUAUGUGUAACUAAUGGGCUGAAUACUGAAUCAAUGAAAACAAUAUUCCAUGAUUUGUGUCCAAAUGUGACUUCUUUAUCUUCAGAUCUUUCUGGGCAAGGAAAAACAGAAUGGAUUAAACAAGACAGUUUUGAAAAAGGAAAAGUUACUUGUAGUCUUUUAAUCAGUGAUGGUUUAAAUUUUAGUAAGCUUGUUAGUCAGCUUAAAGAAUGUAAAUUACGAAAAGUAGAAAGUUUACACUUGAACAUUGUUUCAGCUGAAAACCCUAGUGAAGUAAACAUGUUUCUUUUUGAAUUAUUAAUUUUAGGAAUAGUUUCUAAUAGUGUAGAUAUAGCUAUUUUACCUGCAACUGAAAUUUAUAUUGAGGUAGCUUCAACAACUGAACAAAAAUUAUUAAACUCUAUGCCAAUUACUAGUUAUUUGAGAAGGAAACAUUUGUCAUGGGACAUCAAUAACCUUGUAAUAUCUCAAGAGAUCAACAGUCCAAUUCAAAUAGUAUGUCAUUAUUUAAAUGCAUUUGAUCGUAAGGCUAUUGAAGAGAUAGAUAUUCUAUUCAAGACUGACAAAAAAAUUACAGUUCCUUUGCCUGCAAACAUGUGUCAUGGACUUAUUACAAAAUAUUUCUUUAAUCAAAAUGCUGAUGAUGUUUCAUCAUUUAGAUUUAUAGAAAUUUUUGUGAAUGUGUUUGCUGACCAACUAGUAAGAUUUUCUUCAAGUCAAUACUUUCAAGUUGAAAAUCUUAAAUUAAUGGUAAAAGAAAAAAAUAUUAGAUCAACUUUAUUUGAUACACUACUUGAAAUAUCAAAGGAUUUUGCAACCAAAUCAAUCAAAACUAAAGCUGCUCAAUUAGAAUCAACAAGUAAUUCUGAAGCUGCAAAAUUGGGUACAAUAGUUAAAUGGGAUGAUUCAAAUCAUCUACUUGUAUUUUUCAUGUCACAAUCACCUGACUCAAUUUGUGCUCUAUAUCGUGAUAAAGCAAAGGUUCCAAAUAAUGUAAAGAUGUUGUUGAAGAGUCAAUCAGUUGGACAAAAAAAGGAUGAGCUUGAUGAUUAUAAUCAAUUGGAAUCAAAAAUUCUUCUAGACAGAUUAGAAGGUCUUGCAAGAAGAACCUUACAUCCUAUUAAAUAUCCUGAUUAUGCACUCUCUGCUGACAAUUUAAUUAAGAUGGCACUUAUACUAUUAAGAGCUCGUGCAAAUAUUCCAGUAAUUGUUUGUGGUGAAGCUGGUUGUGGAAAGACAAGCUUGAUAGCAUUUUUGGCAAAUGUUGUUGAAGUUGAUUUUAAGGCAUUAAAUCUACAUGCUGGUGUUCAAGAAGAAAAAAUCAUUGAAUUUGUCAAAGAUGCUCAAAAGGAAGCAGAAAAAAAGGAAACAUGGUUAUUCUUUGAUGAAAUCAACACCUGCAAUCAUAUUGGACUAUUAUCUGACCUUAUUGCUCAUAGAAUGCUUGAAGGAAAACAAAUUCAUCCAAAUAUUCGACUUUUUUCAGCAUGUAAUCCAUAUCGUUUCCGUACUAAAAGUGUUAGUGAUGCUGGUUUACAAACAAAAGUGGGAAUAUAUGAUGAAAAAAAUAGACUUGUUUAUCAAGUGAAACCAUUGCCUGAUCAAAUUUUGGAUUAUGUAUGGGAUUAUGGUGUGCUUCAACCAGAAGAUGAAAAGAAAUAUAUUCAUAUAAUGUUACAAGACCAACUCCCCAAAGAAUUGUUAAAUCAUCAAGUAUUGACUGAACUUUUAUUUGCAUCACAACAAUUCAUCAGAAAAGUUGAAGAGCCAUAUAGUGUUAGUUUACGUGAUGUAAAAAGGGCCAUAAAACUUAUAAAAUUCUUUUAUGAACAUCUCAAAGAUAGACCAAUUAGAAAACGAUACCCUGGUGAAAAAGAGAAGCCAGUUAAAUAUCCACAAGUUGGUAAAGGGAAACCAAGUUUGCUUAUGCGUUCAUACAUCUUAGCUCUUGGAUUAUGUUAUCAUUCCAGAUUAUAUGAAAAAGAAUUACAAGAACAAGAAGAUAAUAUAAAAAGGAUGAUUUGUCCACCAAAUACUGCUUUUAAUGAAGCAUUGUUAGAAAAUGUCUUGGUUAUGAUAGUGUGCAUGUUAACCAAAAUCCCAGUAUUCAUUAUUGGUUCACCUGGAUCUUCAAAAUCCUUGGCUGUAAGGCUUGUGAGUCAAAAUUUACGUGGUGCAGAUUCAAAUGAUCCUUAUUUCAAAAAAUUGCCCCAGGUAUAUCUCAUUCCACAUCAAGGAUCUACAUCAUCCACUUCAGAAGGUAUCUUGAAGGUUUUUGAAAAGGCUAAUAAAUAUCAAGAUACAAGUAGAAAAGAAUUUCCUGUAAUCAGUGUUGUAUUAUUGGAUGAAGGUGCUUUAUUAAUUUUUUUACAAAAUUAG